UUCUCAUUUCUCAAACUAAAAUUAAAGUUUUAAAAUCAAAAAAAUAAAAGAAAGAACCCAUUGUUGCAACAAUAACAUCACAACCCCCCCCUCUCUCUCUCUCCUUUUCUCUUUGUUCUGUGUCUUCUCUCAGAAUUUUCACACUGAACCAUCUUCCCCUGUUCAUGGCGGCUGUCCCAGCAUCGCGGACCGAUCCACCAGCAAUGGUGCCGCCGCCGCUCCUCGUCUCCGACUCCUUCGCCAAGGACGCCAUUAUCGCCUGGUUCCGCGGCGAGUUCGCCGCCGCCAACGCCAUCAUCGACGCACUCUGUGCUCACCUCUCACACCUCGCUGCCUCCUCCUCCGACUACGACGCCGCCUUCGCCGCUAUCCACCACCGCCGACUCAAUUGGAUCCCUGUUAUCCAGAUGCAGAAGCAUCACUCCAUUGCUGACGUCACUCUCGAGCUUCGCAGAGUCGCUGAGAAGAAAAUCGAGCCCGCAGGUGGCACCAAAAGUGAGAGUAGCUUCGACGAGAAAGGGAAAAUGGAGAAGGAUGUUGCCGAGAGUGUUGAAAACGGCGGCGACGAAGCUACGGUGGAGUGUGAUUCGCCGGACAGUGAGAUUACUGAUUCAGUCAGCAGAACGAUCAGAGCCGGUUGCACGAUGCUGUUGUUGACGUGUCACGUGAGUGGUUCCAUCUACUGAUAUGGUGCCACGUGCGGGUACGGGAUUGAAUGGUGGGUUUUGACAUUUUGGGUGCUAUUCCCUAUGAAACACCCUGUUCAGUGUUGAGUUUCCUUAUGUCUAAGUUGGCGAGUCAACACUGUCGUCCUCCUGCUAAUGGGUGAAGGAUCCAAUGAAUGGACUAAUGGGUAGUACUUGAAAAAAAGAAAGUGAAUAAAUUAUGAGAAAAAAGAAAAGCAAAACAUUUUUUUGAUAAAAAGCAAAACAUGUUUGAGCAGCCGGUUGCAUUUAUACCCUUAUGGGGAACAAACGAAUCAACUUUUGUUUGUUACAUUGGCCUGCCCAUUUUGUCACUAUUAACUGGACUGAGCUUGGGACAAUGUUAUUGGCAAUACAGGGGGAGGACUAACCAUAGCUACUUUGUUGGAAGGUGGCAAAUGUUUCUCAAUCAUACAGAAAAAGCAGUUGUUAAAUGGUGAAAUAUCAGUUUAACAAUCUAACUCAUAAUAGUGAUUAUGAUAUGACAAUGCUUAGGGUAAGGUUGCUUUAUUGCUACCCUUGCUGAAAUCUCUCAACUCUCCGCUAACCAUCAAAUUACAAAAUAACCAUAAAAGGCUUGGGGUCAAACUAACAAUGGAAGUCCCAUGUUGUCCGAGUACAAAUUUAUACAAUCAAAUUUCUCUGGACUCGAUUGAGAGGAGGCAACCCAAGAUGUGUGUAAUAAAUUGUUUUCUACUAUACUAGUAAAUGUGAUGGUUAGGAUAAAAAUGAGUUGCAUUUUAAUGCAAAGAUAAGUAAAUCCAUUCCCCCUGUUUUGUUGAGUGUUAAAAAUUGCAUGGAUUUUCUUUGGUUUGGUAAUGCAGGAUCUCAAGAAAUGCAACCAUGUUUGGUGAAUAGUAAUAUAUGUUCCAAUCAUGAAGAAUGUGAAGCACGUUCUUCACAGAUAAAGCUGACAAAAGGUUUCACAGCAAAGGAAUCCGUGAAGGGGCAUAUGCAGGUGAAUGUUGUGAAAGGAUUAAAGUUGUAUGAGGACGUUUUUUCUGAAUCAGAAAUCUGCAAGCUGACUGAUUUUGUAAAUGAGAUUCAUGCUGCUGGCCAGAACGGGGAACUCUCAGGUGAAACUUUUAUAUUAUUCAACAAACAAAUGAAGGGGAACAAGAGAGAGCUGAUUCAGUUGGGUGUUCCGAUUUUUGGCCAGAUAAAGGACGAUGCCAAAAGCAAUAUAGAGCCAAUUCCAGCACUUCUCCAUGGUGUCGUUGAUCAUCUUAUUCAAUGGCAAUUAAUUCCAGAAUAUAAAAGGCCAAACGGUUGUAUCAUCAACUUUUUUGAAGAGGGGGAAUUUUCUCAGCCAUUCCUGAAACCACCGCAUUUGGACCAACCUGUAUCCACCCUUCUUCUCUCUGAAUCAACUAUGGCUUUUGGACGUAUUCUUAUGAGUGAAAAUGAUGGGAACUACAAGGGGCCACUCAUGCUCUCAUUGAAGAGAGGAUCUCUUUUAGUAAUGAGAGGAAACAGUGCUGACAUGGCAAGGCACGUGAUGUGUCCGUCUCCUAACAGAAGGGUGAGCAUCACCUUUUUUAGAGUGAGGCCAGACUCUAAUCAAUGUCAAUCACCAACUCCAACCAUGACAACUGCGAUGACUCUUUGGCAACCUGGCAUUGCUAGUCCAUUUACUUUGCCAAAUGGAGCUCUAAGUGGCUAUGAGGCUAUGGAUAUGAUGCCCAAAUGGGGAAUACUUAGUGCUCCAAUGGUUAUGCUAACCCCUAUGCGCCCUAUGGCAGUGAACCCCCGCAAACUACCUCGGGGUGGGACGGGGGUUUUCUUGCCUUGGAAAGGGGCAUCCAGAAAACACGCGAGGCAUCUUCCACCGCGUGCCCAAAAAGGACGCCUUAUGGCGUUACCUUCUCCAGUCGAAUCACACAUGGGAGAGUCCACUUCUGAACCCAGCAUUACUGUUGAAGGAUAGGUAUGAUUCUAGUCUCGAAGCAGCCUUGGGUUUAAAGAAAUGUGAAUCAAGAAAGGUGGUUUUCCCGCCUCCAGCUAUUUGGCCUGGACUCUUGGGAGUAUUUUAUUUUGUUGUACAAACGUGCCCAGGUGCUGCUAGAAGAGUUUGUUUCAUUCAUUUUUUCCCACUUUUCUCUCUUUCUUUUUAGAUAGAUAGCAUAGAAUCUAGUAUUUACAAUACAGUAGUUUAUUAUGAGUUCCAAUCAGCUUAAGGGCUUUGGAGAAGUCUAGCUUCCAAAUAUAAAGAAUGUGAAUUAUAUCAGCGUUAGAAUUUUGUAAAAGAAUGAUAAUUUAUAUUUUCAUUUUAGAUAAUCAAAUCAUCAUGAGGAUGCAUGGUUAUG